CCCUCGGCGCGCGGCCCGCCGCCUGCUUCCGGGGCGGGCGGACUGGGCGCCUGGUGCCCGCGGCCGCAGCGACAGCGCCCCCGGGAAGCAGAGGAGGAAGGAGAGAAGAGGUGGAGGUGGCCGCAGGCUGAGUCGCGGCCGGGAUGUCCGGGCAGCAGCCGCCGCCGCCGCCGCCGCCGCAACAACAACAGCAGCAGCAGCAGCUGCCGCCGCCACCGCCGGCGGCCGUGGCCCCCGUCUCCGGAAUCGUCCUGCCGGCGCCCCCGGCCGUCAGCGCCGGCUCCUCUCCGGCCGGCUCUCCCGGCGGCGGCGCGGGCGGCGGCGGCGGCUUGGGGGCCGCGGCGGCCGCCCUGCUCCUCCACCCGCCGCCGCCGCCGCCGCCCCCCGCCACCGCGGCCCCGCCGCCGCCGCCCCCGCCGCCCCCGCCGCCCGCCUCGGCGGCCGCCCCCGCCACCGCGCCCCCAGCGCCCCCGGGCCUCGCCGCGGGCCCCGGCCCGGCCGGAGGCGGCCCGGCCGCAACCCUGGCGGCGGGCAGCAGCGCCGCGGCCCCCUUCCCGCACGGGGACUCGGCCCUGAACGAGCAGGAGAAGGAGCUGCAGCGGCGGCUGAAGCGCCUCUACCCGGCGGUGGACGAGCAGGAGACGCCGCUGCCGCGAUCCUGGAGCCCGAAAGACAAGUUCAGCUACAUCGGCCUCUCUCAGAACAACCUGCGGGUGCACUACAAAGGUCAUGGCAAAACCCCAAAAGACGCAGCGUCUGUUCGCGCCACGCACCCAAUUCCAGCAGCCUGUGGGAUUUAUUAUUUUGAAGUAAAAAUUGUUAGUAAGGGAAGAGAUGGUUACAUGGGAAUUGGUCUUUCUGCUCAAGGUGUGAACAUGAAUAGACUACCAGGCUGGGAUAAACAUUCAUAUGGUUAUCAUGGGGAUGAUGGACAUUCAUUUUGUUCUUCUGGAACGGGACAACCUUAUGGACCAACUUUUACGACUGGUGAUGUCAUUGGCUGUUGUGUUAACCUUAUCAACAAUACCUGCUUCUACACCAAGAAUGGACAUAGUUUAGGUAUUGCUUUCACCGACCUACCGCCAAAUUUAUAUCCUACCGUGGGGCUCCAAACGCCAGGAGAAGUCGUCGAUGCCAAUUUUGGGCAGCAUCCUUUCGUGUUUGAUAUAGAAGAUUACAUGCGAGAGUGGAGAACCAAAAUACAGGCGCAGAUAGACCGGUUUCCUAUUGGAGAUCGGGAAGGCGAAUGGCAAACCAUGAUACAAAAAAUGGUUUCAUCUUAUUUAGUCCACCAUGGGUACUGUGCCACAGCAGAGGCCUUUGCCAGAUCUACAGACCAGACCGUUCUAGAAGAAUUAGCUUCCAUUAAGAAUAGACAAAGAAUUCAGAAAUUGGUGUUAGCAGGAAGAAUGGGAGAAGCCAUUGAAACAACACAACAGUUAUACCCAAGUUUACUUGAAAGAAAUCCUAAUCUCCUUUUCACAUUAAAAGUGCGUCAGUUUAUAGAAAUGGUGAAUGGUACAGAUAGCGAAGUACGGUGUCUGGGAGGCCGAAGUCCGAAAUCUCAAGACAGUUACCCUGUUAGUCCUCGACCUUUCAGUAGUCCAAGCAUGAGCCCCAGCCAUGGGAUGAACAUCCACAACUUAGCAUCAGGCAAAGGAAGUACUGCGCAUUUUUCUGGUUUUGAAAGUUGUAGUAAUGGUGUAAUAUCAAAUAAAGCACAUCAGUCAUAUUGCCAUAGUAAACACCAGUCAUCCAAUUUGAAUGUACCAGAACUAAACAGUAUAAACAUGUCACGAUCACAGCAAGUUAAUAACUUCACCAGUAAUGAUGUAGACAUGGAAACAGAGCACUACUCCAAUGGGGUUGGAGAGACUUCAUCCAAUGGUUUCCUAAACGGUAGCUCUAAACAUGACCACGAAAUGGAAGAUUGUGACACCGAAAUGGAAGUUGAUUCGAGUCAGUUAAGACGCCAGUUGUGUGGAGGAAGUCAGGCCGCCAUAGAGAGGAUGAUUCACUUCGGAAGAGAGCUGCAGGCCAUGAGCGAACAGCUGAGGAGGGAGUGUGGCAAGAACACAGCGAAUAAAAAAAUGUUGAAGGACGCAUUCAGUUUACUCGCUUACUCAGACCCUUGGAACAGCCCAGUUGGAAAUCAGCUUGACCCAAUUCAGAGAGAACCCGUGUGCUCAGCUCUUAACAGUGCAAUAUUAGAAACCCACAAUCUGCCAAAGCAACCUCCACUUGCCCUAGCAAUGGGACAGGCCACACAGUGUCUAGGACUGAUGGCUCGAUCAGGAAUCGGAUCCUGUGCGUUUGCCGCAGUGGAAGACUGCCUGCAUUAGCCGUGCAUUUCGGGAGCGCGCACGCGUACUGUGGCAUAUAGUCAACAUGGAAGUAGACCAGCUCUGCUGAUUUGAAAUUUAGAUUUUUUUAAUUAUGUACUGGGGACAGGUUUUUGUCGCUUUACAUUGCUUCCUAGUUUACAGCAUGAUGCAAAUGAUUUUCUAACUUGGUGUUAGGAGAAAUUAUUUUCCAUCUUUAACCUCUUAGUUGUCUAAGAGUUAAAUAUUACUGAAUUUCAGACAUUCAAAUUGAUCAUCACAAAUCCUUUAAAACAAUUAUCUAAAAGAAACCAAAAAAUCCUGCCGCCUUUGUUUGGGGGAGAGGGGGGAAGGAAAACGGAACAAGUUGUGUUUGUGUUAGCAUGUGGGUGAUGUAAACUUCAAAUCGGGAGAUGCUCCGACCCCCACUCCCAUAUAAGCAUUCAAUCAGUGUAACUUGCAAAACGCAUAAACAUCCGACAGUUUGAAUUUAUAGUGUUGAUGGAAGAAAUCAUUUUUAAUGUGUACUGUAAAACUUGAAAUACUCAGGAGCUGAGUGAAUAUGUUUGUUGCUACUUACAAUCCCGACCUGUUAGUCCCAGUAGUUUUGUUUUAACAUGGUCUUUUUCAACUUUGUUUCCUGUUUAACUACAGACGACUUCUGUUGUAGACUCACAGUUUAACUGUUGUAUUAUAACAGUAUUACAUGUCAACAGUGUGGUUAUGACCUUUAUUUAUAUAAAAACCAAAUAUUUAGUCAAUUUACCGUGUCUUAAUUUAAUCUUUGUACACCUUCCAUUUUUAAGUGCUUAAAUGAGUACUAUAUUGCAAUAAAAAUGUAGUGAUAUAAUUAACCAGCCAUUAAAAAUUUACUAUUACAGAUA